UAACAAGUAUGUUGGUCAAACUGAUGAUGUAUUGACCUUAAUCAUGUUGUUCUCCGUUGAGUUCGUAUGUAUAUACGUUUGUACAGGUUAAAAAAUGAAUUCUCUCUUCUGUAGAAUACUUAGGAAGAACUAUAUUCGUAUUCUACAUUCAAAGUCAUUAAAUGCAGACACAUUUUUGAAAUGUGCUCCGAAAGCUUUGGCGUGGUACAGUUUGUGUAAAGUGUACAGACCUAACCUAGAAUACGUGAGAAAUAAAUAUACAGGGAAUAAGCAAACUGAGUCAACGGAGGAAUAUUCUGAUUCAGAGGAUGAAGAGGACUUUGAUGAUGAAAUUCCAGACAGAAAUGCAAAGGUUGUAACAGUGAAAGUAAAUUCCCUUCGUACUGACCUCAUCAUCAAAUCAGGACUUUCUAUAGCUCGGAACAAAGUGGAAGUCUUGUUCUAUGAAAGUAGGAUACGAGUCAAUGGGCGAAAGAUAUUUAAGAAGAGUGUGCAGUUGCAUGUUGGAGAUGAAGUAGAUGUAAUUCGUGGUUUAAGCCCAAUGAACCCAGAAUUUCUUGUAGUGUCUCGACUUCAGUUACUGUCUAUAAAAGCUGGCGAAGAGAAUAUCAGUGUCAAGCUUAGGAGAUUCAAGUCUCUUAUUGUAGAAAAUUAUGGCGAGCCUUGGAAAGAAGCAGCUGGUGGCGAUUAAUAAAUCUGGUUUCCAAUUUUCAGUUGUACAUUUUUAGAUUCAAAACUCAACAGUGUAUUGGAACACUCAAGCAGUCUUUACAGGUAACUUAAAAACACUAUGAAUAUGUAAGUAAUUUUUUUUUAAAAUUAAUAUAGUAAUACAAAUUUUCUGCUGGAAUUGACUGCUUCUAAUUUACUGCACUGAAAAAUCUAUAUUAUUUUUGUACCUAUUAAGUAUUUCCUUGAGCACAAAGAAGGGCCUAUCAGUAGAUAGAGCAACAUUUUUUUUAGAAACAUACUGUCUGCAUCUUCAGGGCUGAAGGUGGAGAUUAUGCUUCUCUGAAACUUCAGUACUAGGCCACAUGCCAUUACAAAUGAGAAGACCAGCGGCAGUUUCUUCACUUCCAUGGGAACUGCAGAGAUACUUUUUUCUCCUUAUCUGCAUAAAUUAUAUUUGUAAGAGUUAUAGGAAACGUAGAAGAUAAUAACAAACCAAAUGAAACUGCAGCUUUUCCAUAUGCAAGUGAAGAUGAAUUAAAUGUAUGUGAAAUGUAGUGUUGUAGGUUAGUUGACAUAUAGCUGUGAAAACGUGAGCCUCAUAGGGUUCCAAGGGAUAUAAAUGUUACAGGUAAUCUUUCAAAUUAUGGCCUACUGUUUCAUUUGUUGGCUCCAAUAUAAUUAUAGAAGUUCUCUACUGUGAAGCUUGAACUCUGUAUAAUUAAUGUGUGUAUUAAGUACCGCUUUAUUGCAUGCGAUUAUUUAAAACUGGCAACAUCGCUGUUUAUCACCAAUGUUUUUUUGUGCAUUUACAGUUAUUUCAGUGAAAUUGAAAUACAGACAUAUUAAGUGAUAUUAAGUUUUGAAAAUUUGUCUGAGGUAGGUGAAAAAUUAUUUGAGGAAUGUUGGAGCCUGUUUAUUCGCGUUAAGAUGAAUACUACCUUUUUACAGUUGGAGGAAGUGUUAACUUAGGUCCCAAAGAAUAGCACACUCUGUAUAAGUUUUUAAAGCCAGAAAAAGAUUGUUUUGAGCAAUGGAUCAACAUAAAAUGUUGGUACUGGGAACGUAGGUGACAAAAAUGCUGGGUUGUGUGUGGUGAAGGGAUUUUGUUUGAGUCCGAACUGCUCAAAUGGCAUCGUAAAUAGGCUCAUGGAUGAUGACCAUGACCUGCACAGUGAAUAGCUUGCAACAGCUUAAAAUGGAGAUUGUGGGAGACAAGUAAGGAGACUGCAUUCAAAUUCACAUAUAAUUUAUAAAGUGUUCUACCCAUCUCCUGUGUGCUACUGAAGUAAAAGUCAUUUUCAAAUGAAGCAUGUGAGGACCUGCUAUCAUAAAUGUGAUAUUUGAAUUAUGUUCUUAUUAGUAUGUAAGAAAAUAAGAUUUUAUUUAUUUUAAGAACAAAAUUAAAUACUUGAAAAUA